AAAAUAAUUAAAACAAUCCCAAAAUUACGUGAUUGUGUUAAAUUAACUGCCGUUUAUAAAUUAUAGGGACUCACCUUAAGAAUUAUUAUCUGAUUAAAGAAAUUAAUUUUGUUUAUAAAUUGCUCACAAUUAGCUUACAAAUGUUGUAUUAGGAUACACAUCGGCAUGUUAAUAAAUUUCCAAAUGCCUUGAUACUUGUUCAAACAAAUUUUGACUGCACAUUAAAGUUACCAAAUAAGUUAUAAAGUCAACUUUAAAAAACCCUUACCUAUCAUCUUAUUGCAAAACGAAUAUAACAUUUUAUGAUAUACAUAUGACAUACAGAAUCCAAAUUUGUAUUUUUGUCAGUAGCUCAUUUGUAUGUAUAAAAUCGCUGUUACCAAACAAAAUAUUAAGGUUAUAUUUUAGUAUCGGAUUAUAAAAACAGAUUUUUAAAAAUCACUGAAUGAUAACAACAUUUUUAUGUGAAUAGGCUAAUUGGUAAAUAUUUACUUUGCCUACUUCACAUAAUUUCUCAAAUGAAAAAUAUACAGGACAGGAAAGCAACUAAAAAUGGAGUGUAAAGAAAAAAGUGUUAAAUAAAACAACCAUAUGAAUUAAAUGUAUUAAAAUUCCCAAUUUUUCCGAAGUACACAUUCCCUAUUGAUGUUGAUAUACAAGGGUGCUGAAAAGUCUUGAAACAGUCUGAUAUCUGUACUUGUAAACAUUGUACUUUGUACAUAAAACUUUGUACAAUGACAUAGGGCAAAAAAGUGAACUUUUGAUGCAAUCUGUAGGUUUUUACCACCUCAUUGGAAUGGCCCGUAGAGAUUCUGUGGAAAAUCUUAAAUAUAAACAACGUUGAAACGGUUAAGGAAAUGGGGUCAAAAGCAAAGAUUGGUAGCGGUAAUCGCCGCAAGGACAAUGACUGCAGCCUGUUAAUGGAGUGUGUGGACGAGGAACUCUCUGAAGCGCAGUUAUCUGCAUUCAACAAGACGCUGACACAGUUCAAGGAGACGUCAGCCAGCGUCGAUAGUCUGUUGAAGGCAGGUUUGAUUGACAUCCCUGACAGAGGAAGUGACUACAUUUCCAUUGAGUUUAAGGAUGGCGUCAAUGGCAUAAAUGGACCUAAACCAAAACCUCCAAUAAUUUCGGGUGCAGGUCCUAGACCGGGUGCCCCAGUUUCCAAUGCUACAUCACUUCUGUUACAGAAUGCGGGCAUGGGUCAGACAGGUGGCACCUACCAUCUGGUUAUGGAUCCGAGAGCCUUGGAUCAUCUCUACGUCAGUUCAGGGAACACUCAAGCCACUGCCUCUACAGUUCCACUCAUGGCUGGAGUAAUACAGUCCAAUCCGGGAUUAGCUGCCACAAUCUCAGCACCAGUGAUGACUCCCUCUGUGCUGAGGCCAACUAGUCAAACUGCUGUGCGUAGUAUACAGCCUCGUGCAGCCACAACUCCAGUGUUACGUGGUGCGCCAACCAACGCCUUGCGGCCGCAGCCACGGGCCUUAGCACCCUCCGCCAGUCCCGCUCUUGUGCCUCUCUCUUCUGUGAUAACUAGUACAGGAAAGCCGUCGAAUCGAAACAGUCCGACCACAAUUCGCAUCAAGCCGACUGGCAAAACAAAAGCAAAUGAAGCGAGCAGCAUCGGCGGAAUAGUCCAAAACAAGACACCAGGUUCAUCAAAAUCAUCUGCGGAGGUGGUGGACUUGACAGAUGAUGACGGCAAGUCCAAUGCACCCCAGGCAGACAGCAAGGAGGUUAUGUUCAACAAAUUGAGUGGGAAGACUUAUCCUUCACUUGUGGUGGUGGCUCGGCCGUAUCUCAGGACGAAGGAGGUGUCCCAGGCACUGAUAUCUUCUGAAAGAUCCACAUUAGACACAAGGAUGAAAGCCGUGCUGAUGGGGACGCCUACCAAGUUCACUGAGUGGUUAAUCCAGCAAGGGCUUGUGCGCAGUGAACAAUACUGCAGCAUUCAUGUAGGCACUGACAUGUCACCCGUUAAGCUCAAGUUGGGCAUGUACUCUGAUGUGUCCAAAUUCCCCUACAGCGGUGGCUACGUGUGGAUCAGUGAGUGCUGUCCGCAGCGGUUUGUCUCGGUGUUUAGUGGGUCUAUAUUCGAAGGCGCCCCACAUGCACCAACAGUGCUGGUGAAACUGCUCUACCACUGGUCAUGUCAGACCAACGUCACCAAUAUCUCCAGUUGGGUGAAGGUGGAUGGACUCUACGUCAAAAGUUUCUAUACCAACAUCCGUUCUGUUUGUACGGCAGCUGUUCACGAGAAAUUUGAGAAACUGGGCGGCCCCAAGAAGCGAGUUGAGCUUGGAGUUAUCAGCCUUGGCACUACCUCUCAGGACGGCAACAUGCGGCAAGUGAAGGUGGAAGUGUUGGGAGUGUAUGAUCCAGAAUCCAAGCUGAUCCGCCUGAGAGCAGUAGAACCGUUACAAGAUGGUGAACGGAACUACAAACGCCGAUUUGUGAAGAUAUUGGAACCUUUGGAGGAGUGGGUCCACAAGGAGUCCAUCAUCUUGACCGACUACACGGUAGACAAAGGAACACUGCACCAGAUGGGCUACCAGAGCGUGUACCAGGUGUCUAUGAGUGACCAGCAGAACACAAGUAACAAAUAUUCCAAUUCGGCAGUUAUGGACUAUCUGCGUCGUAUCGUGCCCAGAAUGUUUCAGAACACUCUGUCACUGCUCUCUCGUCAGAUCAUACAGCAGUUCCUGGACGAGCUAGUGUGGAGGGAGAGGUGGGGAGUGAUCCCAGCUCGAGCUUUUGAAACCAUGAUCUCUCACCUUGCGGAACAAACCAAGCUGGAUACAGGGGAUACUCUGAUGACAAGACUAAACAAGAUAGCUUCCAACCCUUUCAAGAACUGGGCCUACAAGAACUGGCAGGCCAACUGCUCCUUCUCCACCACUGCUCAACAGGGUGUUCGUUUCGUUGCGGGCACGAACGAGCCAGUCUCAAAUCCACCUCUUUCACAGCCAUCCACCAGUAGUCUGCCUUCAAUCGACAAUCUGCCUCCGAGUCUGAGAACGAGUGACAGCCCCGGACUGACUCAGACGACCAACAACAGCAACAAGCGGGGCCGCAAGACGAAGGUAGUCUCACCCGCGGAGCCUGACCCCAAGAAGCGGGCGCUCAUGGUGACCCCUACGACCUCCAAGCUGCGACCACUAGACUCUUACUACUACGGGACCAUCCCAGGUGACCCUGAGAUUCUUGAGCAACUGAAACAGAUUGACAUCAACAUGAAGUGUGCCAUGUGCCACUUGGUCAUCAAGGACAACUUGCGGAUGAUGCGCCACUUGAUUGGCCACGCCUACAAUGAGGGGUCGUACACCUUCUCGGACAGCUCGCCUCAGUGCCGUUAUUGUCUCAAGGACUUCCUCUCCGACUUUGCUCUGCAGAGUCACAUUGAAGAGAAUCACGAGAAAGGUGCGCUGGUCUGCCUGAUCUGUCGGGAGGCUAACCGCGAUCGUACAACUCUCAUCCUGCACAUGCAUCACAAUCACACUGAACUGGACCUGCCUUACCAGUGCGGCAUCUGUCGCUUCCGCACUUCACAGCAUAACGUCCUCAUCGACCACUUCCACGAGGUGCACAAGAACGGUGAUAAACUACAGUGCCCGUUCUGCCUCAAGAUAGUCUCCAUGCAGUCUGUAGACGGUCGCAAGAUUACCCAGAAUCAAUAUUUCUUUAUCAACCACAUCCAGAAACAUCAACGCAAAUCGUUGGCACGCAAGUGUAACAAGUGUGUCCUCUGGUUCGUGCAUAAAGAUUUGAUCAAGGAGCACACCACUAAGGAUCACGCCAGCUGUAGGGAUCAUCCAAAUGUGGAAAGGUUCCCAGUGGAUGGUAUUGAGGCGGUAAUGAUGCCGAUGCCAUCAGGGACUGGAGCGAUUCCACCCAAGAGUCAGGGAAACAAAAAUAAGCACACUCCGCUGAACAAUUUCACAGUCAAUAACUUUCCGUUGAGGAUUGUGGACGUUAGCGAGCACUCCACUUGUUCUGAGUGCGAGGGUGAGAUGCUGCAGGAUGAGCAUUAUCCUGGCUACUUGUCGUGCCUGAAAUGCCGGUUCUCGACCUGCUGCAGCAAAGCUAUGCAUGAACAUUGUGUCGUCUAUCACGAUCGCAUGCAGGGCAAGCCUCAGUUCAAUGUCGGCAAGACGAUUGUCCUUGACAAGGUUCUGUUCUGUGUGUGCGGUUUCUCCAGUAAAAGUGGCAACAAACUUGCGCGGCAUCUGGCGGACUGUAAACGUAAGUCAGCGUACCCUAGUCCCGAGCGCGCAGCACAGUGUACGUUACAGGGACAAUCGGCCAGCUUCCCACCUCUAGUCACUCUGGAUGAGGAAGAGGAUACCCAGGACAACGAGGAGAAGUGGCUGCGAGCCUUCACUCAGCCCAGGAGCUCUGGUGACAAUGCAGAUACACCUGAAAAGCCAGCUCCAACAGCCUCCUCCAGUGGUGACCCACCUUCCAUGUUGAACCUUCUUGGACUGGUCCGCAAGCCUUCCACUGACGAGUCCAGUCUGGACAAACCUCCCUCAGAUGGAGACUCAGCUGCAGAAGUGGUUGAAAUUGAUGAUAAAUAAGACUUCUGUAAGGAUUUGGAUCUUUGUUUCAUCGACUAGUGAGCUUAACCUGGUGAAGAAAAAAUGAACUUAAACAAAGUGCACAUAAUUAACAUGUUAGUUGGUUUAACAGUGUAAUAGUUUUGUAACUGUGUAACUAAAAUUAGGUUUUGAAAUAGUAUUGAAUUCUCUUGGUGUCUAUAAGGAAAUUGUGAUCCAACCAAGUUGCGAUCCAUCCAAUCUUUUUUAUACCAGUGAAGUCAUUUAGUUGAUUAUAUUUUUUUAUUUCUUACGGAGUUUAAUGUAAAAUAAAGCAAUUAUUUUAAUAGGAAUGUAAUAACAGUUAUUACUAAGAAUUGUCUUUAUUAUACAGUACAUAUAAUAUGAUGAAUGUCUGACAGAAUUGUGAAUCCAGCACAUUGUUUAAAGAUGAGCUUGUAUCGACUGAAGUUUUGUGUGUUUUUUUUUUAAUUUGACCACAAAGGAGGGUAGAAUAAACUUAAGUUUUAUAUAAUAUGGUGAAAAAGUUGUAUCUGUAAAUAUUUUUAAAAUGAGUUUGAAAUAUUUUUCACCUGAAUGUGUUGCCAUUAUUUUGAUUUUGGCAGUACUACAUUGUUGUGUCAAUGCAAAUUUUAGUAAAUAAUUUUUAAUUCUGA